GUCAAUCCUCGGGGAAAUGGAGGCAGAAGUUGGGAUAAACUUGUCAGGAUGGCGACUGUACUGUGUGUAUCUGAGGGGAAGCGUUUACAGGGAGUCCGCGGGGAUGAGCUGAGCGCGGAGCGCGAGGCGGACACGGAGCAGCAUCUCUUGCAUUGGGUCGGUUUGUGAAGUAGAACAGCUGAAGAGGACCAUGGUGCAAUCCACAAGCUAGAAGGGGGAGUCAACAUUUGAGUGUAAAAUCGGGACACAUCCUGCGGGAGCCGGAUUCAGAGCAGUUUCUCGGCUCACACACUCGCAGCAUUACCAGAGAAAAUGGGGGGAGCAUCAGAAUACCGUCCGCAGAACGACGAGACAGAACAGGCAGCUGGAGGAGCGAUGCAGUCAGACGAGGGGACGGAGUGGCUGAUGGAGCUGCUGACUGAUGUGCAGCUCCAGCAAUACUUCCUCCGUAUGCGUGAUGACCUCAAUGUCACACGCCUCUCGCACUUCGACUAUGUGAAGAAUGAGGACCUGGAAAAGAUUGGAAUGGGAAGGCCAGGUCAGAGACGGCUGUGGGAAGCAGUGAAGAGAAGGAGAGCGCUCUGUAAACGCAAGUCCUGGAUGAGCAAGUCUUUGUACCUGGGUCAGCAGGUGUUCACUGGGAAGCGGCCUGAGUCGGAAUCCCAGACCAAUGCUGUGUUCCACAGUGUAUCGCCCACGCCUGGCCAGGGCGAGGGUCAGCCGUCUGCCCUCACCUGCCUCAUCAGUGACCGGGACCUCACGCUCUACGAAAAGCUGGGAGAUGGUUCUUUUGGAGUGGUAAAGAGGGGGGAGUGGCAGGCCCCUUCUGGAAGAGUGCUGAAUGUCGCAGUGAAGUGCUUGAAGACAGAUUUGCUGGACCAGACGGACGGAGGUCUGGAUGAUUUCAUACAGGAAGUCAAUGCCAUGCAUUCUCUAGACCACCAAAACCUCAUACGUCUGUAUGGAGUGGUCCUCACACACCCUAUGAAGAUGGUGACGGAGCUGGCUCCGCUGGGCUCUCUGCUGGACAGGUUGAGGAAGAGGCAGGGUCACAUCCUGAUCUCUGUGCUGUGCCGCUACACUGUGCAGAUCGCCUGUGGUAUGGCUUAUCUGGAGACCCGCCGCUUUAUCCACCGUGAUCUGGCUGCCCGCAACAUCCUGCUGGCUUCCAAUGACCUGGUCAAGAUCGGAGACUUUGGUCUGAUGAGGGCUCUGCCCAAAAAUGAUGAUCAUUAUGUGAUGCAGGAGCACCAUAAAGUCCCUUUUGCCUGGUGUGCUCCAGAGAGCCUCAAAACACGCCACUUCUCCCAUGCUAGUGAUACCUGGAUGUUUGGAGUGACCCUGUGGGAGAUGUUCACUCAUGGCCAGGAGCCAUGGCUUGGUCUUAAUGGCAGUCAGAUCCUGCAUAAGAUUGAUAAAGAAGGUGAGAGGCUGGCUAAACCAGAGGACUGCCCACAGGACAUAUACAAUGUCAUGCUGCAGAGCUGGUCUCCAAAACCUGAAGACAGACCCACAUUUGUUGCUCUCAGAGACUUCCUUGUGGAGACCAUGCCAACAGAUAUGAGGGCCCUGCAAGAUUUUGAUGAGCCAGACAAGCUGAAGAUUCAUGCCAAUGACAUCAUCACAAUAAUUGAGGGCAGGGCAGAGAACUACUGGUGGAGAGGGCAGAACAGACAGACUCUGAAGGUGGGUCAGUUCCCCAGGAAUGUGGUGACCUCUGUAGCAGGCCUGUCUGCCCAUGACAUCAGCAGACCACUCAAACACAGUUUCAUCCACACGGGCCACGGGGACACGGACCCACACCGCAGCUGGGGCGCCCCUGAUAAAAUCGAUGAUCUUUACCUAGGUAAUCCCAUGGAUCCCCCUGAUGUUCUUGGGACUUCCUGGGAUCCAAACGCUGCUCGGCCUACUAAAUUACCCAACCGGUCUAAAAAGCAACCACCUCCUCGACCUCCUCAGCCUGCUGUUUAUAUCAAAAAGCCAUUCUACGACUCCGUGUUGGACGAUGAUGAUGAUCUGAUAGUGACGGGGGUAAAGAAGUUGUCUCUGAAGACACCAGCAUAUCUAGGACUGCGCCUGCGUCCGUGGGAGAGCUCCAACCCCAGUGACCGUCUCAGUGAAGUCUCGCUCAUCGACUUUGGAGAUGACAGCUUCAGCUCAGCAUCGCCCUCCCCCAUCACCGAAACUCCCAACUCCAGCACCGCCCAGCAGAAGCUCUCAGCCUCCAGCGGCUCCAUUCUGGAUGCAGCACCGCCCCAAAGCCCCUACCGCAGCCUGCCGAACCCUCUCCACCCAACCCCUGUAGUGGACUGGGACACCCGGCCCCUUCCUCCACUUCCAGCCUAUGAUGAGGUGGCCUUCGAGUGUGAGGAGCAGGAGGACGUGGAAGUUCGUUCCAUAAACGCCUCUGCAGGACAAAACAACAACACGGCUGAUCAGAAGUACGAUGAGGUUGAAGAUCUUGUGGAAGGAGACUCAGAGUCUGUGAGCGAGGGCAAGCGUGUUGUUGAGGAUAACAUGUUCCUGCCCUCCAAACCACCAGAGGAGACGCACACUUUCUCACAGUCGGCUGACAUUUUUAAGGAGCUGCAAAGGGAGGCAAUGGUGAAGCUGCGUGUGCCUCCGGCGGGCCGCUCGCUGCCCUCCUCACCCAUUCCGACUUACUCACUUGCCCCACACCGUCAGAUCAUCCUGCCCUCCUCCUAUGAUGACAAACCCCAGAUACCUCCGCGGAUCCCCAUCCCACCCAUGCGGCCCUCCAAGCGGGCUACCAUAUAUGGCAGCAGGCUCUCAGCCUCCUUAGGGGACGAUGAAGGCCGGGGCAGGCCCCCUCAGAUCCCCCCAAGAGACCAUGCUGUGUCCCAGCCUGGCUCACGGGCCCCCAGUCCCCUGACUCCAUAUGCAGGCUCCCCCCAACAGAAGCCUAGCUUGUGCUGUGUUGGUUCCUUGGGUUCCUGCCUGUCCCCUUCUUCAUACUCCUGUGCUCCUUCUACCACCUCCACGUCCACAGCCCCCAGCACCUCCUCUAAGCUUGUGUCCGCCCCAAUAAGGCUCCCUAGAGACAGCCAGUACGGCUCUACUGAGACUGGACAAACUGGACAAGCUCAGGCUAAGAGCCCCUGCAUCCUGCCCAUCAUGUGUGAUGGUGUGAAGGCCAGUAGCACUCACUAUUACCUACUGCCAGAGAGGCCAGCGUAUUUGGACAAGUAUGAAAGGUUUCUGAAGGAUUCAGACGGAGGUGAAGACAGAAAAACCACCAACAUGGCUACCGUUAGGCCCAUGGUCCAACAGCAGGCCAUCAGACCUAACAGUUCGUCCUCUUCCGGCAGCAGCGCCAGUGGGCAAAGCAGCCCCUACAGCCUGGCUUCAACAACAGCGCAGACAACACAAGCAAGCUCCUACAGCAGUGUCAGACAAGUACAGGAAGCAGUCCAUGGAGUGACUGUAGAGGAGUGCCAGGCAGCCCUCCAGAGUCAUGGCUGGAACAUCCAGGAGGCAGUGCAGUACCUUAAGGUGGAGCAGCUGUUUCGUUUAGGUCUGAAGACUCGGCCUGAGUGUGUGGAGUUUCUGCAGAGGUGCAGGUGGAAUCUGGAGCAGGCCAGUACUCAAAUGCUGGAUUCGUAUGGACCCUCCAGGCAAAGAUACUAAAACCAGCUUCGGAAUGAACACAUCACUCGUCUCCUCUUCUGUGUAAAUCACAGUUCACUCUUCAGUCUGGACCUGCUUGAGAUGCUUGCUUGCUAUUCAUGGUGAAAUUCUUGGUGGUUUCCUAAUGCUACGGAUUUUCAAAGUGUUUCAAUGUCUGGGGUCAAUAAUGAAUCACGAUAAUGCACUAAAGCUCAUUUUCUAUUAUUAAAGUAUUCCAUUCAGUCAUUCACAUUUUCUGCUUUAUGUGGGACUCCGUAUAAACGAGUGCUAUUGCUUACUUGAAAUAGAGACCUUUUAUCUGUUUAAAGUAUGUCUCCUUCUAUAUUUAUUGAUCUUUAUAAUAUGAUUUUAAUGAAUCAUGCAGUGGUAAAACGGAUUACUGCAGCUGUUACUGUGUAUAUUACUGUAUUUAUUUUCCUUCAAUAUAAAAUAUUUAAAUUGCAUUAAAUGAAUGUUUUAUUUAAUGGCAAUACAGGGUUUGAUGAGACAGGGAACUCAAAUUGAAUGUCUUAAUAUUAUAGUUCAGUUCUUCUUCAAAUCCUGUGAAUCAGGUGUGUACAGCUUGUAGCCUCAUGCUUGUAUUGUACUACUGAACUUUUUUUCAUGUUACAUCUACAAAUUUAAAUGUAUCUUAUUGAAACUUAUGUGAAAUAACACAAAAAAGCAAGUAAUUGUGAAGUAAAAAAAAAAUCAGCCCCCCGUAUUCAGAUACCCCUAAAUAUAAUUCUAAGAAGGAUUUAAAGCUUUAUUUUUUAGCCCACAUCUUUGAGAUUAUGAAGCUGUUGAUUGUUGACAGAAACAGGAACCCUAUCUGAGAUGAAAAAAAAAACUGUUUAAAAUUGUGGUGAAAUAAUCUGAGAAUCAAUUUUACAUUCAUACGAUCUGUAGACUUAAAGACUAUGUUUAUUUCUGUGUGCAUUUACUGUAAUGAUGACAGUCUUUUGUAAAGUUUGUGUAACCUGAAAAGUUGCAGUAAAAACACAUUUGUAGGCAGGGCAUUAAUAGUUUAAUUAUUCAGGCAAUCAGACCUCAUUUUCACUGUUGUACCAUCAAUUGAUCAUGUAUUAUUGCUUAUUAUAAGUUAUUGUCAGCAGUCAGGAUUCACUGACUUAUACUGUAUGUAUGUAUAUAUUUAUUUAUGAAUGUUUUUUAUUUCUGUAUUUAUUUGCAUCUGAGGCUACCAAAGAUGUGUAUAUGGUUUUGUUAAUUCUGUGUAUAAAAGCUUGUGUAUAGUAAUGACCAUGUGGAUGAAAAGCAGCCAGCUUGAAAUUUCCAGCUCAGGUGACGACGUGUCAGUUCAGUUCUAGAUCCUUCAGUUAUAUUACACAGUUUGCAUAGAUGUGCUUCUGCUUUAUAUGUGAAACUGGAGGAGCCAUUGAGCUUCCAGUCUUCUGCAGUCCAGCAUAUACUGUAUACUUUAUAUAUGGAUUCAAUCAGUGCUUGCUAUAAUCCUGCUUAGCUGAGCCAAUAUAUCAAUGCUGUUGGACAGAAAUCUCCAUAUGUGAAGCUUUACAGGAGCAGAAAAAUGCAUUCUUUACUUUCAGUGGAAGCCAUUGGUAAAAGUAUGUAUUUCAAGUAAUGUUGGAGCAUUUCUAUUGGUCAAAUCUUAAAGUAACAGGUUUUAGAUUCAUAUUAUCUCAAAAAAAAAGAAAAAAGAAAAUAUGGAGAUAUGAGUUGUAUUCGAUAACAAUGAUGUGCUUUUGCACAUGUUUUUCAAAAUGCUGUACCACUUUCGAACUUUUUGCCCACUUCCACGGUCAAAGACUUGGUUGACACUAUUAUGUCAACUGCUGGUGAGGAAUGCUCCCAUUAAAACACUGUUUAUUAUUCAGGUUGCACCCUAUUCACUGAAGUGUUUAAAAUGCUGGGCUUGAUGUACAUUUGCAUUAGAUGUCCAAUACUGCAUCUGUAUUUUUAUAUUGAAAUAAAUCUAAAGAAGUG